AGAAGUCCACAGUAGACAUUUCCCACUAUAGUGCCAAGCUGCAAAGUCGAAAUUGGCAUAAAUCGUGAAAAUGUAUGAAGACGUCAAUUCGCUUUUUGCUCUUCAUUUAAGCGUAGGUCAGGCACACGUUUAGGAGUAUGGUUAAUGUUAGCGUUAGUUUUGAAAUCCGAUUUUUAAAGACGAUAAAAUUGUAGAACUUCCGGGUUUUGCAGCUUGGCCAUAUAGUGACAACCCCUCAGACAGGCCAGCGGUGUGUUGUCCGUUUCUCUCGUCUCACUGAGUUGUGUUCACAGCUAAUGCACGGACACGGGACGGACCGCCCGUCUGCCAGUGGGUUGACGAUCUGCAUUACUUUGUUGUCCCUGCUACUUUUUACAGCUUGGUCUGUCUUUCUCUGAUUGUGUGCCUGCCCUGCCAUGGCUGUCCUGCUAAGGCGUGUGGGCCGUGUGGCUCUACAGUUGUCCCUGAGACAGACCAGGACCACCCCCCAGAAGGCCCUGCUCAUAGCCACUCUUCUAGCAUCAGCACUGUUAACCAAUCGUCUUACAGCAUCAGCCCUGUUAACCAAUCGUCCUUCAGCAUCAGCCCUGCAUGAAAAAGCCUGAGUAGCAUAGCCCCCCAUCCCUCCCGUACAUCCCUCCCUGCCCUUCUCUCUCUCUCCCUGCCCCUCUCUCUCCCUCCCUGCCCCUCUCUCUCAGCCUGAGUAGCAUAGCCCCCCAUCCCUCCCCUACAUCCCUCCCUCCUAGACAGGGUGUGUCAGUCGGGCGUGUCCCCUCUCUCUCUCUCUCUCUCCCUCCCUGCCCCUCUCUCUCAGCCUGAGUAGCAUAGCCCCCCCCAUCCCUCCCUACAUCCCUCCCUCCUAGACAGGGUGUGUCAGUCGGGCGUGUCCUCUCUCUCUCUCUCUCUCUCCUCCAAUCAGCAGACAGGAGCAGCCAAUCAGAAGCAGCCAUGUCGGGGUUCAAUCUGCUACACCUGAUCACCAAUGCCAAGCCUGUUACUCUGAAGCCAUGUGGGCUCCCUUCAGGAACCUGCCGGACCAAGAAGACAUGGCCCAAGUCCUUCUCUCAGGAGGAGCUGAAGAAACGUCUCUCCCCCAUUCAGUUCCAUGUCACCCAGGAGAAAGGAACGGAGAGUGCCUUCAGAGGGGAAUACACUGAAUAUAAAGAGGAUGGGAUCUACACCUGUGUCGUCUGUGGCUCCCCUCUGUUCAAGUCCGAGACCAAGUUUGACUCUGGAUCAGGUUGGCCUUCCUUCUAUGACCUGGUAAAGGAGGAGUCAGUCACUGUAACAGACGAUUUCGCCUACGGGAUGCACAGAGUUGAGACCAGCUGUAGUCAGUGUGGUUCUCACCUCGGACACCUGUUUGAUGACGGCCCCAGACCCACAGGGAAACGAUACUGCAUCAACUCUGCCUCUCUGGGCUUCCAGUCUGCCUCAGCCUCUAGCCCACCCAGCAACGGAGAUGGGGCUGGGGCAGGAGCUGGGGCAGGAGCUGGGGCUGGGGCAGGGGCUGGGGCUGGAGCUGGGGCAGGGGCUGGGGCUGGAGCUGGGGCUGGGCCAGGUGGUGCGGUCGGGGCAAGACUGAGCUCUGAGUAAAUGGUCUCCUUGGUCUUGGACAGAUUUCAGGAAUACAGGAAGUGCAGGCACGGUCACUCACUCCUUAUCCAAACUGGUGGCCUAGGUCCUGGUCGAAAUGUUACGAACAGAACAGAGAUCAGCUGGAGAAUAUAGGUUACACAGAACCCGAAAACAGUCAGCCAACUAGGUUACACAGAACCUGAAAACAGUCAGACAACUAGGUUACACAGAACCCGAAAACAGUCAUCCAACUAGGUUACACAGAUCCGAAAACAGUCAGCCAACUAGGUUACACAGAUCCGAAAACAGUCAGACAACUAGGUUACACAGAACGAAAACAGUCAGCCAACUAGGUUACACAGAUCCCGAAAACAGUCAGACAACUAGGUUACACAGAACCCAAAAACAGUCAGACAACUAGGUUACACAGAACCCGAAAACAGUCAGACAACUAGGUUACACAGAUCCGGAAAACAGUCAGCCAACUAGGUUACACAGAUCGGAAAACAGUCAGACAACUAGGUUACACAGAUCCGAAAAACAGUCAGACAACUACAGUCAGCUCAAUAAGGGGCCAUCAGCACCCCUUAGAAACAUGUGGAACAUGAUGCCUCUUCUGUGCUCAUGUAGGUUACACACAUUCAAACACAGUCGGUCAAACACAGUCGGUCAAAUGACCUCAGUGGCCAUGUACCAAGCUGGCCCACCUCUGGCUACCAGCCCUUAAUGAAUAGACCUCUACUGUACAACUGUCUGAGGAGGCACAUAUUGGAUGCAGUUCCACGUUGCUCACAUUGCUUUCAUACCGUUUAGAUUAUAUUUGAAAGUAUAUAUAUAUACUAUAUAAUAUAUCAACUGUUAUAUAUUUUUCUUUCUAGUAUAUUUACAACUUUAGCUUUUUUGGGGGGGAAAAAAGUGAAUGAAUUAUAUAUUAUUAUGAUUGUGUGGACUUGACUUUGAAGAGCAAUGUGUGUUGUUUAAUAGAUAAUAAAUAAAUAAAAAGUGAUAUUUGAUACAGAGGGGUGGAUAGUUUGAGGACGACGCUCCUAUGAGCUGUAAAAUAAACACAUCGAGGAUAAAUAAGCAUUCUGUCCAAUAUGGAGACAUACACACACACUACACACACACACACACACUACACACACUACACACACUACACACACACACACACACACACUAUACACACACACACUACACACACACACACACACACUAUACACACACACACUACACACACACCACACACACACUACACACACACACACACUAUACACACACACACUACACACACAUACACACCAAUAAGAAACACACACACUACACACACACACACACACACACCAAUAAGACAGAGCAGAUUGUGUUCAGUGUGAAUACAACACUAGCCUGUCUUUCUAAAGGUUUCUCCUGUCCUUCCACUCCCUGCUGUUGGUCCUUCUAUUCUCGUCUCCAGUUGAAUAUGUUUGUUUUCCUUGUGUUUUUUUUGAUUCCCAGACUUGUAUUGACAGAAAGUUAUAUUAAAAUAAACCUU